AUGACUGGUUCUUCUACAGUUCUCUUGGUCAUGUUCAACAAAGCAGCCCUCUCCUCUUACAAAUUCCCAUUUGCAAAUGUCAUCACACUUGCUCAGAUGGUUUUUGCAUUUGUUAUUCUCUACGUGAUGAAAUCCUUGAGGAUAAUUUCAUUCACAACUAGUGAAUCGCUGAGCAGUUCUAACAAUUCAGCAGUAUUUGUGUCCUUUAGGACAUUAGCCCAGACACUUCCUCUUGCUUUAACUUAUUUGCUUUUUAUGAUAGUGACAAUGGAAGCAGUGCGAGGCAUAAACAUUCCCAUGUACACCACCCUGAGGCGAACUGUAGUGGCCUUCACAAUGGUUAUGGAGUAUGUUCUGUCAGGGCAGGUACAUUCAAGAUUUGUUGUUGGAAGUGUUGGGAUAAUCAUAGCUGGGGCUUUUGUUGCUGGAGCUCGCGACUUGACAUUUGAUUCGUAUUCCUAUUCGGUUGUAUUUAUAGAAAACAUGUGUAAGGCAGUAUACCUUGCCUCUGUUUCUCAUGUUGGUAAAUCUAGUGGCCUCAAUAUUUUUGGUAUUGUAUGGUGCAAUGUUGUGAUUUGUGGACCAAUCUUGUUUCUCUGGUCCAUAUUCAGAGGAGACCUCCAAACAACUCUAAACUUCCCAUACUUCUUCUACCCUGGAUUUCAGGUUGUGAUGUUUCUUUCUUGUGCUUUCACUUUCUUUAUAAACUACAUAGUAGUUUUGAAUACAACUAUCAACUCGGCACUUACACAGGCAAUCUGUGGUAAUCUAAAGGAUGUUUUUACAAGUGGCCUUGGUUGGUUACUAUUUGGAGGACUUCCAUAUGACUUGUUCAAUAUUCUUGGUCAAGUUCUUGGCUUCCUUGGGUCUUGUUUGUAUGCCUAUUGUAAACUGCAAGGGAAAUAA